AUGGAGUUUGCAAGCUCCGGUGCGACGUCAACAACAUCCGACCUUUGGACGGGCCCCUUUUUCACACUUAGCGCUGUCAAUCUCCACAGAACGCCCACAACCCACUGCAUCCCCGUCAAGCAAGCGAAAGGAAACCAAGCUGGCGUAAAGAGUGAAGCCGAGAAGGCAAACAGACCGGCAGCAAGCCCACACGCAUUCAUUCACGGGGAGGCAGAAGGCAACAUGGUGAAUUUUGAGAAGGCUAUCGCGUUGACUUUGUCGGUGCCAGUCUCUUCGAAUGACACGCACCUCGCCAGGGAUUGGCACGCACAGCCUAUAGAAUACACAGCAGCAGCACCGUUCCGUGUUCCAAACUCUACCUCAAGGAUCAAGAGAUCCCCGGCUUGUUCUUUGCUCCCCUCUCCCUGUGGCUAUACCGUCGCCUAA